ACCAACCAGGUGAUUAUUUUCAUUCCGUUAGUCACAAUUUAACAAGUUAAAAGAAAUCUUAACGAAAGUAUACCCAGGGAGGGCCUAGGCAACUCAACUGGGGCUUACUUAAUUAUUAUGAAUGGUUUUUGGCGUGAUUCACGCCAAUCAAUCAUUGCAUAAACUUUAAACUUACAGUUACGAAUUACAGAUUACAGGGUAACAGUUACUGAAGUUACUGAGUUACUAUUUAAAAUUUAAUACUACGCCAGGCUAGGGCUAAACAGAGUGUAUAAUAUAAUAUUAGUUAAUAGUAAUAGUUAACAACACUGUGAAACACUAAUAGUACUGUGAGACUCCCUGGUUUUUCAACUGUGCAUAGUUCCAGCUGCCACAUGUUUCCUGAAAGCACUGAAAUUGGAUGAUAUUAUAUUUAUUAUGUAGAAUGAAUAAAUUGUUUACUUCCUUGUUUUGAGUUACCCAUUUCCAACAACUGGCCAAAAUUUCAAUUUAUCAUUCUUUUAACAUCUAGGAACAAGCGUCAGCGGGAGCUAUGCACAGUGAAUAGUGAACAACAUUACUCUCACGUCACAUGAAAUAUUUGUUCAAGCUUUGGAAGUUUUUUGCAAAUUCUAAAUAAUAAAUAGUAAUAGCUUAUCUUUUUUAUCUUUGUUAACUCUUUUUCAAGUUUUAGAGUUAGAGAAGGCGGCUAAUGUUGAGUAUCAUCCCGUGACGUCAUUGGCAUGUUUAUUAUAGUUGCAGUGAAUUAGGGUUUAGGUUAGGUUGAGGGAUCGAUUUAGGGUUCAGGUUAGACAUAGGGAUACAUUUAGUUUAGGUUUAGUGACAGAAUUAACUGGUUGUGUCAACCAAGAUUGUGGCCAUCGCGGGAUGAUCUCUACACAUUUACAGAGAAGGCUAACACUCUACUUACAUCCUCUACUCUACUUAUUACACUAUUCAAGUUAGCUAUUAAAUUCCAAUUCAUACUCAUGAUCCUGCUUGGGUAAUUCAAUUUAGGCCUACCGCAAAAAUUAUAGGCCUAUUUUAACAAUUGUUGAAUACCGUUCUCAUGAUAUCAAGGCAGCCAAUUUAAGUAGAAAAUUACCAUAUUUAAAGUAUAUUAAAAUUUAGCUCUACAUAGGCCUCAGGUGAUACGGAAACUGUUUGUACUACUUCCUAUUUGACUUGUAAACAAUUAUAAGGAAAUUAAAUAUAAAUUCUUAGCUUUCAUUAGUUUUUAAUAGAAAACAACCACCAUUAAAAAAAUCAUUAAAAUACCUAUUAAAGUAAUAAAUAGCUAAUAGUUCUUCUAAUGAAGGCCUAAUUUAAUUAAGUUCAGUUCGCUAUAAGAAGUUACUUGUUAAAAUUAAGGAUAGUUAGGAUUUAAUAUUAUAGUGUCAUUAAUUGGUUUUAAGAUUGAGUUAACAAUUUCUGCAGAUAUAGAGUACAGGUGCACUUAGCUACCCAUUUUCAUAAAACUUUUUAAGUGUAACUACUUUCAAAAAGCAUUAUACAAAUUUUUUAUUUGCUAUUUCACAUUUUUUUCCUUUAACUUUAACAUAACAAUUUUUACCAAUUUUUUGCAGGGACAGAUAAUGGCAUACAAUUAAUUAAGCUUGUAGAUAAAACAUUAAAGUUUGAACAAUAAAACAAAAUAAAGCAAAAUGUUUGAAAAACUGCUUCAACACCAGAUUGGUACUGGAACCUGGCAUAUACCAUUAUGGACUGUUUUGGCGGCUGGGUUUGGUGUGGCUUGGCUUGUUUAUCGUAGAGGAGAAGAUGUGGUUUGUAAUUUCUCUCACUUUAACUGUUGUUUGAAGAUAUUUUCAACUUUAAAAGGAUUCGAAAGUUUGCAAAAGCCAUAAUAUUUAUUAAAAUUUGUUAAAAUUAAAUCAUUAAUUGUAUUGUGUUUAUUUUUCCAGCGUAAGAGACAACCAUCCAGCUUUUCUUCAGAGGUUGGAGCAAAUAUUAAAAAACAAAUCAAUCAUAAACAAAAAAGACGGUUGAAAAUCUUUUACGGAUCUCAAACUGGCAAAGGAAAGGUUAGUGUUAAAGUAAUAUCAAUUCGCACCUUUUCCUUUCUCAUGUGUAAUUUGUGUAUUUAUUUUAGCUUACCGUCAUUGACACUGUUUGAAAGUAAAAAUAUAUGUUAUUAUUUUUUCUACUGGUAGAACUGGUAAUUUCUUCUUUGGUUUGGUGGAAAUCUGUGUGAUAACAUAAUGUUGCCAUAAUUUCUCUUACAAUGUUCUAAAUAUGUAAAUACAUUUCUUGGUGAACAAACAAAAUGCAGAGGUGAGUUUCUGUAAAGGUUUGAAAGUUAUAAAGAUUAUGAAUUCUUAAUUUAUUCAGGAAUUGAAAUAUAAUAAUCUAAACUAAAUCCUAAGAUUUUGGGAAAGGAUUAUAUUACUGAGGGAUGAUCUAUGUUCCAGCCAUUUCAAGUAAAAAAGGAAUUAUGUAAAUGUACAAACUUUUAAAGAUUAGUUUUAAUCAAGUUUCAAUCAUCUGAAAAUUAGCCACUUUUGCUGUUAUAAAUGUAGAUUCCGGUAACAUACAAAUGACUACAAAAUUUGUCUUCAUUAGUAAAAAAAAAAAUUCAAACAUGUAUUUUUAAUGUUCUUCCAUUAUAUUAUGCAGGCAUUUGCAGAGGCCCUUCAAGCAAAGGUGGAUCAGCUUGGUUUUAGUUCUAGUGUUGUUGAAGUGUCCCCCUCAUAUGAUCAUGAAAACUUAUUUACAUCAGAGGUAGAUGUGUAUAAUAAUAAUUUUAUAAUGUUAAAAUCAGACUUGUCUAACAGAACAAUAAUAUAAAAUUUGAAGUGUAUCUGAGAAGCUUGAGAGUGUCAGAAUUUAGUGUGGAAAGAAAAUAAAAUAAAAGAUAUUAUCUUUACAGCUAGAUGGGGGCCUAUAUAAUUUAUUUAUCAUGCCUUAAAUUGUUAAAAAUCUAUUUCUUUCACACACCUUGAAAGAAGUCCCUCAUGUUUUAUUAUUUAUUAUUAGGCACUUGACUGCUACUUAGGAUUUUAAGUGUUAUUUACAUAUGUUUUGGAUUUUCGGUAUCUAAUUAUUGGUUGUUUCUUGUUUUAUUUAUAUUGUCUGCUGAAGGAGGCAAUCUAGCCAAAAUGUUUGUUUAAUUGUCCUGUCUUUUUAUUUCAAACCUAAAGAUAUCUUGUUCCACUAUUUCUUUCACUGAACUUGAAUGCAGUCCAUCAUACACUAUCAUGAAUUCACCUGUUUACUUAUUAAGGUUAACAUUAUAAUUUUUAAUUACACAUACUCUCAAGUAUCAUCCACAUCAAAUUUGUUUGUUCCAUCAUGUUGCAUAUACUUACCGAGCAUGAGUGAAAAAAAUUGUCUAAUGAUGUUAUGUUCCAUUUUUUUUCUAAAACAAAACAAAACCCUCACUUUCUGUUGUUUAAAAAAAAAUAAGGCUGAAGAUGGCAACAUUAUUAUCUUGGUCAUUUCAACAUACACUGAUGGUCAACCUCCAGCAGUGUCAACAGAUUUCUACCUAUGGCUUAAAGAUAUGGCUGAGGACUUUCGAGUCACUAAAGCAACUUUGGCUGGAUUGCAUUUUGCUGUGGUGGGACUCGGCAACUCUUUGUAUUCUGACAAUUUUAAUACCGUAAGAAUAAAAAUCUACAUUUAAUUUGAAUCCUUUGGCUUCAUAAAGUGCAUUACUACCCUUCUGCACAGAAAUAUUAUUAAGAACAAGUCAUUUCAUUAUUAUUUGUUGAAGACUGUUAUUAACUGAUGUUAAACAGAUUGCUUUUCACUUAACUAUAUUAUCUAUUAUCAUUUUGGGUUACCAUCAUAUUAUGGGAACUCAAAAAUUAACUUUAUUGGUCCUUAUUUAAUCUUGUGGAGACUUUUAAAAUUUGGGUUAAAAUUAAGACAUACAUUUUAAAUUAUAAGUAACUAUUUGGAUCAUUUUUAUUUCAGGUUGCUAAAAAUGUAGAUAGCUGGUUGCACUCCCUUUCAGCAAAUCGGAUACUACCAUUGUGUCUUGCAGAUGAAAAUGUCAUCAAUAGUAUAAACAAGGGUAUGGCAUUUGUUAUGCUGGAAGAAAUACACUUGCUUUAUUAAUUUUUAAAAAUGUAAUUGUGUUCAUUAACUUAUGACAAUAAGCUUUAUUUAUAUGUAUUAUGUUUUGUUUGUCUUCAGAGUAAUUCUGUGCUACUUGUAACAAUGGAUUUAAAACAAAAAAUAUUUCAGGACUUGAAGAAGACUUCAAAGUUUGGCUGGAAACAUCAUCCAAAAAUAUUCAGCGUGCCCUUAAAGGAAUCAAAGUAACUGCCAAAAACUGUGAAGAUACUUGCACAAAGCAGUGCAGCUGUAAGACUAAGAAAGAAGGGGCUGAAGAAACAAAUGGUGGAAAGUGCAGCAGUGAUGAAGAAGAGGUUUACAAUUUUAUUUCUCAACACUUAUGUUCAGUACAUUGCCUAUGGUUGAGACCUAAAAGUCACAUUUUUUAUUAAGAGGCUAAUUCAGUGAUCGUGUAUUUAUCUACUUCUUUUAAAAUAUAGUAGCUGUACUUGUAGUUGUUAGUGCGUGAAAGGGGUAUUAUGUCAAGCAGGUGUCUCUCAUUUUGUCUUCCUAGCAUUAGGCCAGAUAAACAGGUAGGAAUAAAAAAACAAACCCUCCAAUCUUUGAAUUUUCUUAAGACUUCUUGAAUGGUUUUUAAAUUUACCUCUUUAAUUAUGUUAUAAAUAUAUUUCUAGUUGGACUUUGAUUCUGAAGAAGAAUCAAGCCCCCCACCAAAGCCUGCUGUGAUGGAUUUAGAAGACCUUGGUAAUUUCAUGAAGAAUGCUAAGGUAUGAGUUAUGACUUAAUUUACUUGCAAUUGAGUUUAUUUUAAUAAAUAGGUUGCUAUCUCUCCUAACCUUGGGAGCUAAAGAUUCACUUCAUGAGCUGACCAUUUCUUUUAGUGUUUUAAAGAAGAACAUGAGGGACUAUGUUCAAACCGUGGAAAGUAAAUACAUUGUGUAACAAGAUAUGAUUAGGCUUGAAAAGAAAUUUUUUAAAAUUACAAGGACGUUUCAGCUUAAUGUCUUCUUUGGCAGACAAGACAAAACAAGAAGCAAAAAAUAGAAAUUAAAAACUUGUGUAUUCAUAGACUGUCACCGUUUCAUAAAGACUUUGAUUGUAAACAAAUUAGCUAUGUAUCCAUUCAAAUGAAAGGAAUAAAUCUUCAGGAAUCCAAACCUACCAAUGGUGAAACAGGAGCAGGUGAUGGGCCCAGGGAAAUGAUUACGCCUCUGUUGAGAGAGUCAUUAGAGAAGCAGGGGUACAAGCUUAUUGGCUCUCAUUCUGGUGUCAAACUUUGCCGUUGGACAAAGGUAGGCAAGAAAUUGCAGCAUUUUGUGAAAUAACGUUUUAAGAAAUUGUAAAGAAUUGCAUUUGGAUUAAAAAAUUUAUGUUUUCAGAUUACAGAUAAUUUAAAUCUAAAAAUGUACAUUUAUCCACUUUAGUGUAGAAGUAUGGACACUUUAAUGUUCAAAUAUUUAUUUUUGUGAUGUUUGAUCAUAGGAAUAUUUCAUACAAUCCUAGUAAUUUAAAAAAAAAUUUUUUUCAUGUUAAUGAAGUCAAUGCUUCGGGGAAGGGGAGGAUGCUACAAACACACAUUUUAUGGUAUUGAAAGUCACAGAUGCAUGGAAACAACACCAAGCCUUGCCUGUGCUAAUAAAUGUGUUUUCUGUUGGAGGUGAGAAUCAGAAAAUUUAAUUUUUUCUUUUUAAAUCAACAUUUUUUUUUAAAAAUGUUUUUUUUAAAGACAGGUAUAAGAUCUAUACUUUCAAAAAGAUUGUUUAUUUUCAUGUGUAAAAAAAAAAAAAAUAUUGUUCAUUUUAACAUAUGAAAACACUUUUAUCUUCCCUUAAUCAAGACAUCACACAAAUCCUGUAGGGACAGAAUGGAAGUGGAAAAUGGAUGACCCACAGACUGUGUUUGAAGGAGCUGUAAAUAAUCACAUAAAACUGAUCAAACAAUUUAAGGGUGAGAUAGUUUAGAGAAUGGCAGUUAACCGUUUGUUGACAAGGUUUCAAAAUCUUGUUGUGGGCUUGUUUAAUUCAACAUGGCUUUUCCAAUAGAAUGGAAUGAAGGCCUGCUGAAUUGCUUUAAAAAAAAACAACUUCUAUUUAACUUGACUAAUUGCUCUUUAAAAAAAAAAAUUACCUUUUCUUUUUUAAAAAGAAUUGUAAAAAAAAUAAAAUAAAAAGUUAAUUAAAAAAACAUUUCUUUUUAAUGGAGUUGAAAAUGUAUUUGUUUUUUCUGUCAGGAGUCCCUGGAGUCCAGCCUGAAAGAUUUGAAGAAGCCAUGAAUAUUCAACAUUGUGCGUUAUCUUUAGUUGGUGAACCAAUCAUGUAUCCAGAAAUAAACAAAUUUGUUGAACUUUUGCAUAGUAAACAGAUCUCCAGUUUUUUGGUCACCAAUGCUCAGUUUCCUAAAGAACUUAGGUGGGCUAACAUAUUUUGUUAUCAUAACAGUCACAAUUAUCUUGAUUAAAAAUAUAAUGUAACUUGAAUCAUAAAAUAAUAUUUUGACAUGAUGGUAAUUAUACAUCCUUUCACUGUUUUUUGUUUCUCAUGUUCUAGAGAUCUACUGCCUGUAACACAGCUCUAUGUCAGUGUAGAUGCUGGGACAAAGGAGAGUUUGAAAAAAAUCGACAGGUAAAUGUGACAUGUAAAGAUCUGUCAACGAACAUUUCCAUACUUAUUUCAAUUUAAAUACCAUUUAAUAUUUGAAAAUUUGAAUGACCAUACCAAGAGAAACAUUAAAUGACAAUUUCAAGUUCAAAUGACCAUGCAAAGACACAUUAAAUAAAAUUUAAUAUUCUAAUGACCAUACUAUUAUUAAAUUAAUUUUUAAACCACUCUUUACUGGCAGGAUUAAGAUUAAUUAGACACGAACAAUUUGUGUCAAAAUACAAAUAUAUGUUAAGCUUUAAUAAUAAUUUUACAUAAAAUUUUGACACAAAUUUUUCAUGUCUAAUUAAUCGAUUGUAAAGCUUUAUCGCAGUCCAACACGUUUAUAAUUUACGGGCAGGCCACUUUUCAAAGACUUCUGGGAGAGAUAUAUUGACAGCCUAACUGCCUUGAGGGACAAAGGUCAGAGGACAGUAUACAGGCUCACAUUAGUGAAAUCUUGGAACACAGAAGAGCUAGAUAACUAUGCUAAGCUGGUCUCCCUUGGAAAUCCAGACUUUAUAGAAGUCAAGGUAGGGUAACAAAUGAAAUGUGACAGCUCACCUGUUGUUGCCCAUAAAAUGAGACACUUAUCAAAUAAUUAUUAAGUUUUUAAAAAAAGUUUGAUGUGUCUUAACCCUAUAUUUGUUGGCAGUUAGACCCCUUUCUGUGGUGUCACGGCCGAGAUAAUCAGCCGCCAGCAAUGUGAUUGAUUUAAUGUAUAUUAGUUAAGGGGAAAUCAUUCUAUGUAAAUGAGUUUGCUUUCUGUUUCCCUUGCUAUCUUUUCUUUUGUUGUGGAUUUUUUUGUGAUUAAUCCAGAGUGAAAUUUUCUCAAUUUUAUUACUGUCAUAAUGUUUCAUGCCAGACAGGGUCCCCUUUUAGAUUGCAAAAUCAACACAGAAUUUCAUUAUUGGAAUUAUUUCAAGUGGAUUAAAAAUGAAAGCAACGAUUUCAGAGAUAUUCCACAUGCUAUUAAUGACAGCAUUAGCUCUAGCGAUGAUGGCGACAUAAGAGUAAAAUAUUGACAAUUUUAGUCCUAAGCUUAGUCGUAUUGUUAUUGGGAAAGGGUGUAAAUCGAACAGAAAACGACAAAGAAUGGAUCUCAAAUACCUACCCUAAUGAGAUUCAAUGACAUUUAUCUUUGUGUAUAUUCCUUAGUAUUAAUAAAAAGUGUAUUUAAUUACUUUAAUUGAAAAGGAAUUUUUGAACUCAUUACAUGUUUUCACCCUUGUAUUUUGUAUGACAGAGAUUUGAAGGUAGUGAAUGAAAAAAAUUUACCAAUAUUACAAUUUUCAAUAUAAGUACCUCUAACUUGACAUUUUCUGAAAGAAUAUUCUAAUCUCUACAAAAAAAUGAUUUUAUGAUAGUUUGAAAAAUUUAUGGAGUGUCAGGUUGGGUUGAAUUCAGAAGUUAAGUAGUAACAUUGUACUUAACCCCGUAAAUUUAAAGAUCAAGAUCAAAAUACAUAAUAUAAAAAAAAUUCCUUUUCUACCAUAAGAUACCUUGUCCAGUGUACUUUCAGAAAAUGUGUACUUGUUAACUAGUUCUAGUAUGUUGACAAUGGUGUUGUCUUGUUUUCAUACCCCAUGUUGUAACAUAACAUUUGGCAAAAUAUGAAUUAAUAUUUAAAUUAGAUUUAUUGCAAUGUCUUGUCUUUAAUCCACACUUAAAUUUAGGGUGUCACUUACUGUGGUGAGUCGAAAGCUUCAACGUUGACAAUGGAAAAUGUUCCCUGGCACGAAGAGGUGGUCAAGUUUGUCACACAGUUGGUUGACAGAUUACCGGACUACGAGCUGGCCUCUGAACAUGAACAUUCUAAUUGUCUCCUCAUUGCACAGAAAAAGGUAUUACAAGAUUGAAUAUUGAUAUCACCAAAUGAAUUGAGAAAUGUUCCUGUGCAACUAAAUGUGAUUUAGUAUUAUUUAAUCCAAAAAGUAGGAUGUGGCUUUCUUCUUGAAGUUACAUUGCAAUUUCAUAAAAUUUCUAAAAAAUUAUCUGUUCUUGUUAUUGUUUUGUCCUCGCGAAGAUGAUCAAGUAGCGAUGACUUCAGCUAUAUUUUGUUUAAAGUGAGGGAGAGUUCCUCAAUUCAUCAGCCUCACUGACUCAUCCUUGUCCGUUUGAUCCAUUUGGAAGACUAAGGACGACUGGAAAUAGACCUGGAUGCAGCAAUAAUAAUUAUUUUGAAAUAUCCCCUUUCGGCAAAUUUUUUAAAUUUUUAUUUUAAUCUACGUACAUUAAUAUUUUUCCAUCACAUACAAGAUUUUUCAUAACAGAAGGAUUCAUAAGGCAAUUCAAUAAAUGAAUAAAUUAAUGUUCAUAUCUUUAAAUUUUCUCACAAUCAAGUUUAAGAAAGAUGGUGAGUGGUGGACUUGGAUCGACUACCCUCAAUUUCACAAGCUGUGGCGACGUUACCAAGAAAGCAAUGGGCAAGAGACAUUCUCCUCAUCUGAUUAUAUGGCUCCUACACCAAACUGGGCAGUUUAUGGUUCUAAGGAACAAGGCUUUGAUCCAGUGGAAACAAGAUUUUACCGAAAUAAGAAGCAAAAGUCACAGGGGCAAGAAUAAACUUACAACUUGUAUUUUGCUGACUUAUUAACACACAAAAAUGCUGUUAUGACUAAAAAUUUUGAUAUUAAUGACAUCAGACUGCCUUUUGAAUAAAUGCAGAUCAAAUAUAGGAGGCAUUAAGUGACACAUUUUAAUAAGAUGGUUAAAAUAAAAUUGCUUAAGUUUAACCUAUAAUGUUUGUCCUUUGCAUUCAUUACUUUGACAUCUAUCCCAAAUAGAUAUUAAAUAAUUAAUAUAAGUUAUGGGUCUAGAAAUAAAGCAAUAUUUUUUGCACUUAUUAUCAAUGAGCUUAGUCUCAAAAAUCAUAUAACAUGGGAAUAGGUUUCAUUAUAUUUUGAAAGAUGUAUUAUAUUUUCUAGCUGUUAAUACCUAGGAAUAUUCAUGCCUUGAAAACAGAUCGCUUGUCCUUUAAACAAGUUUUUUUUAAACAUUAGAUUUGAAACAUUGUGUUCAGUUCAGUGUGCUUAAUCAUUAUUUCGAUGCACAGUUUAAAAAUCUGCAUAUUUUCAUAUGUAGAUAUACCUUUGGAAUCUUGUAAUAGUUCAUUCUGGUAUAUUUAGGUAAUAUUUAUUUCUUUGUAAUUAAAGUUAUAGUGAGGUGUCAUAAAACUGCUUAAAUAAAAGAAAGAAUGAAUGCUUAUUAUCGAAAUCUCACUACAGUAAUCUGCAAUCUUACAAAUCUUUGCACAUGUAGUUACCAAGAAUUUUUUCUUCUAAUGUGAUCGUUAGUUACAUAUUUUGACAUUGAAUAAGAACGAUUAAAGAAUUAAUGUGAGAUGAAUUAUGACACAAGAAUUUUUUUGAAUUGUUAUCAAUAUGAAUUAUUAAAAAUUUUUGAACAUCUAA